AUGAGUGCACGGCGUAAGCAUCGGUAUGUUUAUGGAAAGUGUAAAGGUUUGGUGGUCCUGUGCCAGGAAUUGAUUUCGGUGGUAAAAGCGCACCAGGAAAAGGAGGAGUCUGUCAAGACAAAGGUUACACAUCAUCACUCGACGCCGAAGAAACGCAAAUUGCAGCCUUUUACGGAGUUGCACGGUAGUGGUCAGCGUCGGCGUUUACAGCAGUUGGAGUUUUAUAUUCAGCAACUGGCCGGCCCGAGUUCCGAAGACUCGGCCGAGGCAAUUAGCGAUUUUUUGCAAAGGUAUCUCACCUCCUACCGCUGUGAUUUGCUUAAAAAUGUGCUCACUCCGACAAAUGAUCUUUUCAUUUGUACUAAAUUGGGCAUCUCGCAAAACAAACGUGCGCAACUGAAGGCGGAAUUGCGAGUCCAUGGCUUGGACGUUUUUGCAGCGACCCACGAGGUGAUAAAGCUUCGCAAAGAGCUAAAAAUCAGUGACCUAUAUGCAUUUUCUGAGGUCGAGGCGGAAAUAACGGUGAAAGAGAAAGCUGGUAAUAGCAUUAAAAAGUUAAAAAUUCCCGCUUUCACCUGCAUUGACGUGCUUGCGGUCAUAACGUCCCGUCUUACCACCUUGGUACACAAAGGCAUGCGCCUGUUUGGUGAGAAUGGUGAUGAGGUCUGGCUGGGAUUCUUCGGCGACAAAGGUGGAGGCUCGACAAAAUUUGGCUUUAUGGUGGGUAACGUGUCAGCGCCGAACCGCCCUGACAAUUUGAGUCUCUUGGCGAUGUAUUAUGGUGAUGACAACGCCAUCCAACUGCGCGCUGUCCUUGCAGAAAUUGCACGCCAGAUUAACGAGCUUUCUAAAAUCGAGCUAGAGGUGGCAGGUGUCAAGAAAAAAAUUGUCUUGCGGAAAUUUUUGGUGGGCGAUAUGCCAUUCCUCUGCGCCUGCUACGGUCACCAGGGACAUAGCUCCGCAUAUCCGUGUCUAAUAUGCGAGGACAAAAAAGUCACCAUUGGGCAGCUUGCAGCAUAUAAUACGCCGAAAACUUUGCGGACGCUCGACCGUAUGCAUCAACAGGCCAACCGAGCUGACGAUAAAAAAAGCAUGGUAAUGUCUCCGCUUCUCGAAGUUGAGCCAGACCAUAUCACCCUAUCGGAACUCCAUAUUUUACUUGGAAUCGGUAACAUGAUUAUGGAUCGGUUGACGCAUUAUGCCAUUCUAGCAGAUUGUGAAGGCUCAGUGCCAGAUUCUGUCCUAGAACAGAUAAAGAAAAAGGCUGGUUGGAGCAAACAGAAAAAGGAGUAUACCGAGCAAGAUGGUGUACUGGCAGCCGACCUCCAUCAGUUGCAAACUCUCCGGAAAGAUGCUACUAUCGUUAGUGUCGUGGUAACGGCUAUUAAUUCUGGCAAGAUCCAACCGGUGGUUAGCGAUGGCGAUGAGGAACCACUCUGCGCAUAUGGUAAUAACUGCUGCUUUGUUGACAAACGCAUGAACAAAUUUCGGGUCGCAGAUCCUCUAGAUUGGGCCUCCUCAUGCUUGCAAUGCGGAGGAGAUUACCAUGCCGUAUGCGUCGGGCUCUUCGAACCGGCCGAAAUCGAGCGCAGCCAGGGGCGAUUCUUGUGCCCCCGAUGUACCAAGCAGCCCUUUUCGCGGUUGGUAAAAAGCUAUGAGGACUAUAUUGCUUUGCUUGACAACGCCGUCAAUGAGAAAAAAGAGGAAAAAGCUCGGAAUGAGCGCAUUUUGACAGAUUUAAAGGAGUAUGCCGACGAGUACAAAGGCGCCAAUUAUCAAAAUUUACAGAAGGUACUGCGUCAAAUCGGUGUUGACCAAUCUUUGUACUUUGGCUCUCUGACCGGCAACCAGGCAAAAGCCUUGAUUGCAGGAGACAAUCCGAAAAAAGUCGUUUCCGUGCUUCCGCAGAGGGCUGAGCUGGUUCCACUCCAGGAGUUUAUGGAAGUGUUGGGCAAAAUAUACAAAUUUGCUACCACCAGAUUCCAUGUUGAAGGGGAGAUUGAUAAAUUCAUGGAACUGCUCUCCCGGUUCCAAGAAUUGGUUGUGGAAAUUUACAGUCAUGAAAAUAAGGGUACCGAUCCGACCAUCACUCCGAAGCUGCACUGGCUCCUUCACCACGUGCCUGCUUUCCUACUUAGGUUAAAAAGAUUCACUCUUUUUCUCCCGAUCGGGGCCCUCAUCGCUAUAUUCCUGGUCGCCGUGGUAUUUAUGCGAGACGCGGUGGUUGGAUACGAAUGGGGAUGUAGGCUCGUCUACCUCCCGGCAAUCUCUCGGCUUCUUAACCUACGAGCCACGCGCAUCAUCUUUGAAUUUAUUAUGGGCCCAUUCUUCCUCCUCAGCCCGGGGGUCGUGCUCCUCAAUUGCGAGUCUCAGCUGAUUUUCGGAAAAGUGUUUCAUGCACAACUGAGGAAUCCACGAGAUGACCACAUCCGAAUUGUUACCCUUUGUGGGAUGGUCGCCUCGGGCAUUGUGCAAAACAUCUUUUUGCUAGCCCUGACGUUCGUCGGGGAGCGUGAGAAUGGAAACCUGCACACGAUAUUCUUCUGCAUAUUCAUCGUGUCGACCUAUCUCUAUCUUCUGAGUCAAACGGUGCUGCUGAAAAGUAGUGAUUACGCGCGGAAAAGCAUCGGAAAAGCUCAACAAAAUCUCCGGUGGAAGCGACGCCUUCUGGCCGUACUCUCAAUUCUGUUGCCCUUCGUCUUCACCCUAUUCUUUGCCCAUUUCCUGCAUUGCGUACCUUACAGUUACGAGCUGUUCUGCCUCUCCGAAUACGCGACGGUCGCCACAAUAUUUGCAUUCCACGUGACUACGGUGGAUUUGUUGCAAUUUGACGUGCUGCUGGUCCACAGAAACUAUAGACCGCAUCGGGUCAAGAUG